AUGAGACGUGCUGCUGAGAGAGAAGGAAGAAGAGCACGUAGGAGGAAACAUAGAGAAAAAGAGAAAAAAACAUCCCAACCUGAUACUCAUCAUGAAGGACAGUCUACUGAUGAUGAAGAAACUGAAACAGAUGCUGUCAAAUUCAGGGCAGAAACAAGUAAUUUUUUGUGUUACUACUUUCAGGCUAGGUCAAGAUUCCCACAACAUCCCAUUAAUGAAUCAAUUAUCUAAAAAUUGCAUCUGUUAGUAGUUGUAAAUUUCAGAUUCAUCUAUGUAUUUAAAGUGAUUUCUCACACAAGGUAGUUUUGAAUCUUCUACCGGCUCAGUUUUCUUGAAUUUGAUAUGUCUUCAAAGCAAUGUUAUUCAUGAAGCAUGUAGCCAAAAAUCUCCGCUCAUUGCACAGGUAGGGAUGCAGAAGUGAAUUGGAUACUGGUCGCUACAUGCACGUUAAUUCAAGCUGAAUUAAUAAUUUUUAUUGGUUGAUUUUAUAGUUUUACUGUUCUUUACCAUAUUUUUCUUAGUGUAUACUACUACAUGAGAAAUUUCUGCAAUUUGAUUGGCUUAGAACAGUGGUUUUUCAGCUUAAUUUGAAAUACCUAUAUGUGAACACUACAAACCUUUUGUGGGUAGUAAUAUAAACAAAUAAUUGCAUGAUUUGUACGUGAUAUUUGGCGUAAAUACCACUCGUGAUAUUUCAAAAUAAUAGCAUAAUUUGUAUGUGAUAUUUGGGGUAAAUACCAGCCUAACAGCUCAUGAAAUUACCUAUAACAAUUUUGAAAUAUCACUUGUGGUAUUUAUGCCAAAUAUCACUACAAAUCAUGCUAUUACCUUUACAAAUAUAAUCAUCUGUCACUUUUGUUUCUUCUACCUUUCUGUAGAGAGAAUAACGUCAGAAGAGAAGGCCAUUUUUGAAGAUGUCAUUGAGGACUUCAGCUCAAUCGACUCUAUAAAGUCAAGAUUUGAAGAAUGGAAGAACAAACAUGAAGACUGUUAUACGAAUGCAUAUAUUUCACUUUGUCUUCCUAAACUGUUUGCUCCAUUUAUUAGACUUCAACUUUUGGACUGGAAUCCAUUCGAGGUACAACUGAUACCUUUUUUAUGAACAUUGUGAGCAAAUGGAUGUGGAACUGAACUUGACAAGAACUUUGUGUGUGUUGCUGAUGCACACCAUGGAAAUGAAUGCAUAGUUCACUUUUGAAGGUUUCUGCUCUAUAGUGUACCUGCAUUCUACUAAAUUGUUUUAACCCUUUCACUCCCAGAAGGAGCCAAAUUCAAAAUCUGAAAAGAANUCAGAAGAGAAGGCCAUUUUUGAAGAUGUCAUUGAGGACUUCAGCUCAAUCGACUCUAUAAAGUCAAGAUUUGAAGAAUGGAAGAACAAACAUGAAGACUGUUAUACGAAUGCAUAUAUUUCACUUUGUCUUCCUAAACUGUUUGCUCCAUUUAUUAGACUUCAACUUUUGGACUGGAAUCCAUUCGAGGUACAACUGAUACCUUUUUUAUGAACAUUGUGAGCAAAUGGAUGUGGAACUGAACUUGACAAGAACUUUGUGUGUGUUGCUGAUGCACACCAUGGAAAUGAAUGCAUAGUUCACUUUUGAAGGUUUCUGCUCUAUAGUGUACCUGCAUUCUACUAAAUUGUUUUAACCCUUUCACUCCCAGAAGGAGCCAAAUUCAAAAUCUGAAAAGAAUUGAAAAUUUAUUUGCUAAUGUGUUGAAAAGCAAAAUAAUAGUACAGCACGAAGGGGCUGCAAAAGAUGUAUCAUUUGAAUGGUCACAUAGCAACAUAGCAGGAUUUUGUCCAGAGAAUUAAGAAAUAGAAUCACUUUGCAAUUCUCAAUCAUUCAUGCUGGUAGUGAAAAAUGUAACCUAGUUUUCAUCAAAUGUUGAAUCAUUUCUAGUCUGUAGACCUUUUAAUUCUCGGUGAGGUCUAAAACUGUGACUAUGUUUCAAUGGAAAGCAUCAGACUUUGUUUUAGUGGGGAAAAAGCUAAAAUUUUAUCUUUUUGGAAAAACCUUUGUGGCUGAGUUUGGGUUCAAUGUUUUCAUGACAAAUGUCCCAAAUGUCCUUGUGCAGGCAGCCUCAAAUCAUGCUUUUAAAAUUAGCAUUCUUUGCUGUUUCAGUUUAAAGGAGUGUGAAAAAUGGACCAUUUGGGGACAAAUGAAAGUAUUUAACAAUCCUUUGCAGUUAUUACUUCACUGUGUGCGUGAUAAUGUGGCAAAUUUAAGGCAGCUUUUUUUGUAUACUGUGUCAAGAUGAAUAGAAUUCUCUUUCUGCUAUCUCAAUUUUCAAGUAGAAGGAGAUAUAGUUGUAAAGUUUAUUUUUUAAAACCUUUUUCUUUCUCUUUUUAGGCCAAGAGCAUGGAAAUUGAAGAAUUCCGCUGGUAUAAAAGUCUUGUAUUGUUUGGCUGUGGAGAUGAUCCAUACGAUAUUGAUGUUGAAGAUCCUGAUGUCAAACUGAUUCCAGCUGUGUUAGAGAAGACUCUUAUUCCAAAACUAGUUGGUGAGUAUAAGCAGUACCAUUUUAUUGUAUGUCAUGUUGCUGAAGCUUGAUUACAAGGAAGGUUGUGAGUAGAGCAGCCUUUCUCUUUUGUAAAGCAGGCUCUGCUUCGGGCAGCAUGAGACCCUUCUUGCUACAAACUCCAAUGCCUUUGUUCUGACCUUUGACUGGGUUUUGAUCUGCUGCAUACUGAAAGAUAGCUUUCAGGGCUUUCACUAAAGGCAAGGGGUUAGGGAUUUCCCACGGCUACUAAGAGUAUGACUGCCCGCUAAUUUCAUAGGAAACAAGGAAAUUACACCCAAAAGAAUUUUGUAGCUGUUUAGUUCCCGCCAACUAAUUACAUUUAUAUACUGUCACUGUAGCUGACAACUUAAAAUCUUGGUGACAGCCCUGGCUUUCAACUAUGAUCAACAUGUACCAUUAGGGUGUUUCAUUUCAACCAAUUAGAAGAACUGUACUCAGAUUUUGGUAGAGACAUUUUGGAGAGGUUUAGAAUCGUGUUUUCAGCAAACAACAAAUGUCAGAUUCAAUUUUGCAAUUUCUUAAAAUUGGAAAUGAGGAGAUAAGCUUGCUACAAGUAGACCUCAUAAGUUCUUAGUGAGCGAAGCGAGCAAGAAAAAUCAAGUGAAGUCAGGAAUAACCAACCAGGAAAAAAAUUUUAAAGGUCUUUUAGAAAGUCUAAUAAAAUAUUGUACUUAAACUAAUUGUGAUGAAUGAAACUGGCAUGAAAUGAUAUUACUAAUGAUUUUUUGUGGGUAUAAUGAACCGCAAACAACAAGUAGAAGGAAAACUUGGCCACAUGGUACAAAUUGACAUUUGUUGUUGGCUGUAAACGUGAUUCUAAAUCUAUCUGUUAUCAGUUUUGGAUGGGAAAGAGUUAAAUGUAAUGCCAGGCGGUGAGGGGCUACUCUCCUUGAGAUGACUUCUCCAAUGAACUAACUGUUGUGGAUGCCAGGGUGUUGAUUCUACUCUUUUCAUAUUUUUAUACAGGUCUUUUUGAACACGUGUGGGAUCCAUUAUCCCAGAAACAGACGACACUAGCCAUUAAAUUAAUAAGAGGAAUGGCUGAGGUGUAUCCUAACUUCCAGGCUCAAAACAAGACAACACAGGUAAAAAAUAUUGAUCGUCAAAAUAGAUUAUCGGUGUUCGUUUGCACUUGUCUUUCAUCUGUAAACAGUGAUGCACCUGUAGUUUGGUUUGGCCCUAUUAACAAGGUAAAUUAAAAGAGAAAUAUACAUGUUGGGAUUAUAUAAUAUGCCAUAUAGAGCUGUAAGACAUGCUAAACGGUUUUCUUAUAAGAAAAUGUAUGGGCCAUUUUUUGGAACAAAUCAAUGUGACCCUAAUGACGAGGUGGCUGUAUAAAUGAGGUGGAACAGCAGGGUUCCACUGUAUCAAUCACUACUGUUAACGAAUGAUAUGUAGGAUAUUUUAUAUGUCUUAGUUUAGGGAGACAGCAUUAAUCCUUUCCCAGGCUUCUGAUCUGAAAAGAUUUUGAGGUGUUAUACUGUAUUAACCUCAGAAACAUACUCUUGUGAAGAUAAUUCUGAUUUUUAUUUGCUGACUUUAUUAAUUUUAAUUGUCAUACCAUGCAAGUACUUUCAAUUUAUUUCUUGUUGAUACUUUCUUCUACAGUCGCUGUUUGCCGCAAUAACUACUCGUAUGCGGCGAUGUGUUAGCGAUGAUGUAUAUGUUCCUCUGUAUCCAAAAAGGUAA